CAAAUCCUGGAAGCAUUACUUCAUUUGAGGUAGAUGAUGAAAAUCGAUUUGUUCGUGCAUUUCUUUGUUUGAUACCAUGGAUAAAGGCUACCGAAUACUGUAGACCUGUCUUUACUCUCGAUGCAUGUCAUUCAAAAUCGAGCUAUAAUGGUGUAUAUUUUUGUGCAAAUGUAAUUGAAGGUGAUGGUAAACUUGUUCCCGUGGCGUUUGCUAUUGGAUCUGUUGAGAAUUCAAGUAAUUGGGCAUGGUUUUGUGAAAAUCUAAAUGUAGCACUUCCAUUAAUUAAUACAAAUGAAUCUGUAAUUAUAAGUGACCGCGAAAAGGGUAUUUCAGAUGCUGUUUACUCAAAACUUCCUAAUGCCUUUCACGCUUAUUGUGUAUGGCAUAUUGAAAAAAAUGUCAACACAAAGUUUAGAACAAAGCUCGAUGGUAAAAUUUGGGCAGCAGCAAAAGCAUUGCACAUAGAAGGUUUUGCCGAAAUUAUGGAAGAAAUCUUUAAUAUGCAUGCAGAAGCUGCUGCAUAUCUUAAUGAAAUACCUUCUGCAACGUGGACACUUAGCAAAUGUCCUCGAAACCGAUUUGGUCAUCUUACGUCCAAUACAUCUGAGUCGUUGAAUUCUUGGUUACAUGAUGAACGUCUUGCAGAACCACUUGAAGCGAUUAUUUUGCUUAUUCGCAGAGUUAAUGCACUUUACUUUAAUCGUUAUACAACAUAUUCUUCUGUGCAAGCAAUGUUACCACAAACUAUUACUCAGCAACUUCAAUCCGUUAUUGAUAGCUGUCGCAAAAGAAUGGUAUAUCAAGCUAGUGAUUCAGUUUUUGAAGUUAAAAGUAAUGAUG